GAAAAGGCCGAGCGAUCGGAUAGAGAAAUCCCGGGGCGCGGAGAGCUCCACCUCCUUCUAUCCUUGCACGGCAUGGCGCUCCUCCGCCUCCAGCAGCACUGCUCCCUCCUCCAAACCUCCACCUCCCACCUCCCAACCCUCCUCACGCCCCCGCGGAACCCUCGCAGGAGCCAACUCCCGCCGCCCAAUGCGGCCAGGAGUAGGACCGCCAGCUCCUGCAUGGCCCCCUCCCCCGCCGCGCGAAUCUUGGCGCGGAAUGCGGCGGCGCCCUGGCGGGGCGAGCUGCUGCUCCUCCUCCCGGCGGCCUGGCCGCUCCCGGCCCUCGCGGCCGAGGCCGACGGCGGCGGCGGCGGGAGCAAGGUGAGCCUCGAGUCCAUCGUGCUGGCCAUCGACGACUUCAACAACCGGAACCCCUUCUUCGUGGCCGGGGUGGUGUUCGUCUGGCUGGUGCUCGUCCCGCUGGCGCAGGACUACUUCAGGAAGUACAAGGCCGUGGGCGCCCUCGACGCCUUCCGCAAGCUCCGGGACGUGCCGGAGGCGCGGCUGCUCGACAUCAGGCGGGGCAACAGCGUGCGGUUCAUGGCGCCGCCCAACCUCAGGCUCGUCGAGAAGAGCGCCGUGCAGGUGGAGUUCGACGAGGAGGACGAGAAGGGGUUCCUCGGGGAGGUGCUCGCCAGGUUCCCGGACCCGGCCAACACCGUCGUAUGCGUCCUUGACAACUUUGAUGGUAAUUCAAUGAAAGUGGCUGAGCUCCUGUUCAACAAUGGUUUCAAAGAGGCAUAUGCAAUCAAAGGGGGACUGAGAGGCCCAGAUGGUUGGCAGGCAAUUCAAGAAAACUAUCUUCCACCAUCUGUCCACGUUUUUCCACGGGAAAAGAAGAGCAAAACUUUAACGCACACUGAUGUGAGCACUGAAGGAACAGGUGAUCAGCCAGAGGGGAAUGGGGAACUGUUGACUUCUCCUAACAGCACUUUAGUCAAUACAAGCAAUGGAACUAAGGAUGGUCAUGAAGAACCGAAUGGAAGUGUUUUAGCCGCGAAGCAUCCAAGGAGACCAUUAUCACCAUAUGCUAAUUACCCUGACUUGAAACCGCCAUCAUCUCCGACGCCAUCCAAGCCAGGGAGGGCAGAGGGAAAAGAAGAAUUACUAACUUCUACUGGCAGUUCUUUAGUCAAUACAAGCAAUGCAACAAAGGAUGGUCGUGAAGAGCCGAAUGCAAGUACUUUAGUCACUAAGCAUCCAAGGAGACCAUUAUCACCAUAUGCAAAUUACCCUGACUUGAAACCACCAUCGUCUCCGACGCCAUCCAAGCCAGGGAGGCCAGAUGGGAAUGGACAACUGUUAACUUCUCCUGACAGUUCUUCGGUCAAUACAAGCAAUGCAACCAACGAUGUUCAGGUAGAACCAAAUGGAAGUACUUCAACGACGAAGCAUUCAACAAGGAGACCAUUAUCGCCAUAUGCAAAUUACCCUGACUUGAAGCCGCCAUCGUCUCCGACGCCAUCCAAGCCAGGGAGGUAGAGGAAGCAAUGAUGGAUAUAUAGGGCAAUAGGACACCGAAGACUUAACGAAGUCAGAGUCAGCCUUUUGCCAAAUAACCAUUUUGUUAUUAUACUUGAAUCCAUGGAUAUAGAGGCGAUUGAACGGAUCGUGACACAGAGGACCGUUGCUGCUACCAUGAACUAUUUUAUGUUAUAGCAUGGUGAAUUCUUACAUUCUAUGUAAAUUUCAAACUUCUUCCCAGAUUGCCGUUCUUAUUGUCUGUACAUUGAAGUGAAUGUUGCACUACCAGACUGCGAGCAUAUCGUAUUAACAUUGUA